AUUAAAACUUAAGAGAAAUGACAUUUCUUUAUCUAUGUUUCAUGGUGUGAAAUUAAAUAUCUGUUGUGAUUUUUGUGAAUAAGCCUCAAGAAGAGAGCAACAAUGGCAGAAUCUUCACCAAAACCACCAAAACCAACUGCAGCCAGUACAGGGAGCAUGAAUCGCCCUCCAAUCACUCUGUCAGAGGAGCUCCAGUGCUCGAUCUGUCUGGAUGUGUUCACUGAUCCAGUCAGCACUCCAUGUGGACACAACUUCUGCAAGAGUUGCCUGAACCGGUGCUGGAACAACAGUCAGACCUACAACUGUCCAUUAUGUAAAGCAAGUUUCAGGAAAAGACCUGACCUCAAGUUCAACACAGCACUCAAAUCGGAUGUGCAGCUCUUUAAGGAACGGUCUGGUCAGAGUAAACCUGAGGUUCUCUGUGACAUCUGUGAUGAUAAAAAGAUGAAAGCGCUGAAGAUGUGUCUGACGUGUCAAAGCUCUUACUGUGAUACUCACCUGGAGCCUCAUCACAGAGUCCCCAAUUUAAAGAAACACAAACUGAUUGAUCCUGGGGAAAAUCUUGAGACAUAUAUCUGUCAGAAGCAUAACAAACCUCUAGAGCUGUUCUGUAGAGAUGAUAAGACAUGUGUAUGUUUGGUCUGCACUGUAACAAAUCACAGGAAUCACAACACUGUUGCUGUAGAGGAAGAGAGCGGAGAGAAAAAGCCUCAUCUGAGAAAGGUGCAGACAGAUGUGCAGCAGAUGAUCCAAGACAGAAUAAAGAGAAUUAAAGACAUCAAACACUUAGCAAAACUCAAAAAAAAGACAUCAGAGAAAGAGAUAGCUGACAUUAGUGAGCUCUUCACUGAUCUGAUCCGCUCCAUUGAGAGAUGUCAGUCUGAGCUGCUGGAGAUGAUGGAGCAGAAGAAGAAAGCAGCAAAGAAGCAGGCUACAGCACUUAUUAAAGAGCUGGAGCAGGAGAUCAUUGAGCUAGAGAGGAGAGACACUGAGCUGGAGCAGCUCUCACACACUGAGGAUCACCUGCAUCUCCUAAAGAUUUACCCAUCGCUGAUCAGACCUCCACACACCAGCAGCUGCACUGAGAUCAGUAUUAGUGACACUCAGAUGAGUGUGGAGACUCUGACCAAAGCUCUAACUCAACUACAGGAGACUCUAGAUGAGAAACUCAGCAAAACUGUCCUGAGGAGGAUACAGAAACAUGCAGUGGAUGUGACUCUGGAUCCAGAUACAGCUUAUCCAAAUCUCAUUCUGUCUGAUAAUGGAAAGCAAGUGACAAGUGAAGACAUAACGCAUAAACUCCCAAACAACCCAAAGAGGUUUGAUUAUUGUCCCUGUGUCCUGGCAAAACAGGGAUUCUGCUCAGAUAGGUUUUAUUUUGAGGUGCAGGUAAAGGGAAUGACUGAAUGGGAUUUAGGAGUGGUCAGAGAAUCCGUUAACAGGAAGGGAACGAUCACCGCAAUUCCUGAAGCUGGAUACUGGAUUGUAGUUCUGAGGAAGGGGAAUCAGUAUCUGGCUAGUGAGUCUUCCCCUGUCUCUCUGUCUCUGAGAGUGAAGCCUCAGGUUGUGGGUGUAUUUGUGGAUUAUGAGGAGGGUCUGGUCUUCUUUUAUGAUGUGGAGUCAAGAUCUCAUAUUUAUUCUUUCACUGGUCAGUCUUUCACUGAGAAACUCUACCCAUUCUUUAGCCCUUCUAAGAAAGAAAAUGGUAAAAAUUCAGCACCGCUGAUUAUCUCACAUGUCAGAUACAAUGAAUGAAUUUACUAAACGACGAAACAUGUCAUUUUUAUUUUUAGUGGUUUUCAAGCUUUUUCAAAACAAUGAUAAAAAUGAUACAAUUGUGCAAAUCAUGUAACAUUUUUCAUUGUUUUUCUGAAGCUUCAGAUAUGUUUCUCAAGAAAAAAUUCUACUUCUAUAGCUGUACAAAUUACAUGUAAAAUCUGAAUAAAAUCCUGUGUUUAUUUCUUUAACUGGAGAUGAAGGAGCCAUCACAUACAGUAAACACAAGAAGGACAUUUUAUAAACAGUAAUCACCAUAUGUAAUUUAAUAUGAAAACACAGCUCCGUGGGAUAGAAAAAAAUAUUUAUAUUUAAAACAUAAUUACUUUAAUCUAGCUUGCACUAACAGUUGUACACAGAAGCCAUACCAGGCGGAUGACGUAGGAAGUGACGAAAGCGAGAGCGCAGUGGAGAGAGAUAAACAAAGCAUCGGUCAUGAAUUAGAAGUACAAAACGAGGAUUUGUAAAGAAUGAUGUCUGAUGGAUUUCAAUAUAAACCAAGAGGAGACUGGUUUUCCUUUGCUGGUUUUUCCUUUGGAAACUUUGCUUCCUUUGCUCCUGUAAACAAAUGCUCACAGGCGCAUGCGCAAUGCCAGUGUCCUACAUCUACACCCGGAGUAUCUUCCGUGUACAACAGUUAGCGGAAGCUAGAGAGAAGUGAUUAUUACAUUUUAAAUAUGUUUCUUACAAAAAUGCAUUGAUUCGGUAUAGGAGGCCUUUAUUCAUUCCCGGAGCUGUGUGGAGCACUUUUUAUUAUGAAUGUAUGCACUAUACACCUAGGAUGCCUUGAGGGUGAGUAAAUAAUGGGCUAAUUUUCAUUUUUGGGUAAACUAACCCUUUAAAAAUGUAAUGACUCAAAAGAUUGUAUGUAUAUAUAGUUCUGCUCUAUUUAUUGUAUUGGGAAGAACAGGAUAUUCUUUCACAACUUAGGUGUUAAACAGCUGUACAAACUGACCUCACACAGACAGUUUACUGCUGGAGAACUGACACAGUACUAUGUUUUGCUACAGGAAUCUGAAAUGUAUGUAAUUGUUGCACACACAGAAGAGGCGGAGUUUUCUGGUGGCACUUACAGUCUUUUAUUAGUCACACUGAAAAAUGAAUAAACACAGGAAGAAAUUAGAAGAAAUUUCAUUGUGUUUUGAUGUGACUGGCAGUGUGACUUCUUCAUUAAUGAGUCAAACUCCUGGCGCCUCACAGUCGCCCCCCCUAGCGUCACUCGCCAGUAUAUACAGGUCUAAGUGAUUAAGUAGGCAUCAUUAAACACUAUACAAAACUUUAGUUUAUGUUAAAGCACCCGUAUACUUAAUAAAUGAUAACAAAUAAUAAUAAUAAAAAUAAAAAAAAAAUACACUGUUUGACUUUAUACCUCUACAUAAUCUUUAGAUUUAGAUACAUUCAAGGUCCCAAGAGGCUUUCUAUCUGUACCAUAUGUAUACAAAAUGAAGAUUAUUGCAUCCCACUUGGAAUAAAAUACAUGAUUUAAGUAGUAUGUCACCUGGAUUGUAUGUCAUACUUUUACAUAUUCUUUUGUUAUUUAAAAACUGCUGUUUUAAUUAGCUUAAACAAAACUGAAAAUCAUUACGAAGACUUUUGUCUCAAGAUAUAUUGAAUCAUUUUAGCGAAUCUCAUUUGCUACUUAAAUCUACAACAUUUACCAUCAAAUAUUAGAUCAAGUAAGCACAGAAUCGACUUUGUGCUGCUGCCUGUGUUUGCGUCAAGGAUCAGACAAUUUUGCACGUGUAUGUUGAAAAGCGGAUGUUUUGGAAAGUGCUAUGCCACGUUUUGCUGCCAUCUAGUGGUUUAGAGGAAAAUAAUAUCAAAGACGCCUUUUACUCCGGGGUGCGUUUAGCCCCGUUCUACCAUAUAUAUGGCAAUAAAAUAAAUAUAAUAACCAUAUUAGAAUAAUCUAAUAUUACAGUAUAUGUUACUUAUAUUAGUGCUUAAAAAAUAACCCUUUAACUGUCAAACCCAUUUUUGAACAUAGACGUGAAAGUGCACUAUUCCUAACUUAAAUUGUUAUAAUUCAUGAACAAUUACAUUUUUUAAUAUGAUUUUGAAGUACCAUUUCCAAGGUAAUGCAAUGUCAGAUUUUAAACCCUUUAACUGUCACUGUCUGCUCUGUGGUAAGUUUAUGUCAGGGUUCUGUCACUUCUGUCUAGGUUUUUUGUGGUUUUGUGACAGAGCCUUGGCACUCCCAUCAUGUCUUGUUUUCAUGUUGUUUGCAUGCCUUGUUUCUUGUUGGAGCGUCCUCUUCUGUCCAUGUGAUUUGUUUUGUGUUGUCUUGUGCUGUUGUUGCACGCAGCUCAAGUUUUUGGCUGGGUGCUUUCAUGUUAUGUUAUGUCUUGUAAUGUGUAGCACGCAGCUGGUUUUUCACUGGCUGCGUGCUUUCUUGUCAUGCAUUGUGUGAACACGCAGCUUAUGAGUUUUCUCAUUAGCUGCGUGUUUGUGUCUUGUUUUGCACAUGGCCGGUGAAUUGUUUUGCUGGCCAUGUGCUCGUGUUUUUGUUUUUGUGUGAGCACAUGGCUUUUGUCCUGUUUCCAUGUGCCAUGUGCUUUCAUGUCUAUUGUCUUGACCCACCCAUCUUGUUUCCUGAUAAUUGGUUAAUUUGCCCCACCUGUGUUUUCCUCAUUACCUGCCUCGUUUGCUCUCUAUUUAUUGUCCUUGUGUUUUCAAUCCUGUGCCAGUUCGUCAUUGUAUGUUCCCUGUUCAUGUCCCGAUCCUGUCCUGCCAAGCUGCCAGCAGUGUUUUUCCCCCAAGGGGUAGUUUUUGUUGUGGUUUUUGUUUUAUGUUUAUAUUAAUAAAAAGCCCA